AUGCCGGUGCUUCUGCCGGGCGUUCUCUCAGCUGGCGGCCGGGGUCCGGCCGAAGGUGCUGUGGCUCUGAUAGUGGGCGGCGCGGCGGCCGGUCUCCUGCUCCUGGUCUCGGCCCUGGCCCUGGUCGCCUGGCGGUGCCGUGCCAUGAAGCGGCGCAGCGAGAAGAUCUACAGAGGCGGCGGUGGACCGGAGGUCGGUGGCCAAGGGCGGGCCUGGCAGGAGUUGGCGGUGGACCGGAGGUCGGUGGCCAAGGGCGGGCCUGGCAAGGGACGGCGGGCGGUGAACCGGAGACACCUGCGCGCGCAGCCGCCGUCCGAGCGGUCGCUGCGACACCGGUUCAUCCGACACUCGCUGUACGCGUGGGGCGUGCCGCUGGUGAUGACCGGCCUGCUGGCGUUCUUCAACUACGCGCCCACCUCGGUCAUCCCUGACGGCACUAUCGUGCGGCCCGGUAUCGGCGAGGGGCGUUGCUUCUUCGCCAAUCACAAAGCGGGGCUGCUCUACUUCUACAUAACGAUCUUCAUUUUCACGGGGGUCAACGUCGUCUUCUUUCUCGCCACCGCUUGGAAGCUGUACAAAGCUGACCAAGACUCACGAAUUCUUCAGCGGAAGCGCACCGCUCGAGACAGGCUGAGGGUGUACGUCAACCUGUUCAUCAUCAUGGAGGUCAGCUGGAUAGCUGAGUGCCUGUCUGAACUGAUACCUCCGAAGCAAAUCUGGUACUUCACGGACAUCCUCAACGCCUCCCAGGGAAUUGUGAUCUUCUUUCUGUUCAUCGUUCGCUCCUCCUCACGCCGGGCAAUCAAAGACAGAUAUUUGGAGCUCACCAAGCGCGGCUUCAAUCCAUCUGCUGGCCUUAUCCAUCCACCAGGAAAGGACGAGCGAGUACGCGGGUUUGCCAUGAAGCCGCCCUCCUCCCGGACCAAGACAACUGGGGCCAGCAGCUCCGGAACCAAUGGGAAUGCCCAGUCAAGCAACAUACACAUGACCGAUGUCCAGCAAGGUGACAACAUCGAAACGGCGGAGUCGAACGGUGACGGCGGCAAGGCGACGCCAUGCAACCCCGACAAGAGCACCCACGACAAUCCGUGCUAAGUGCGCUGUCCGUCGCCCGUCCGAUGAGCAAACGGCAUGUGUGGGCCGACGGGCCGCUGGAGGAGAGACUGUGGACGCACAGCGUCAUCACUGGGCACGCAGGGCACGUCCCGUCGAUCGUGCCACACCGCUGAACUGAAGACCGUGCUCCUGUUAAAUCGCUGUUGAACUCGUGUGUUCUGACUCGCUCUGCGCUUGUUUGCGUCGCUUGUGAAGUAUGCUGGCACGAACUCUGGCUGGGACGGCGCGCCCGUCGAUGCCCGGUGCCGGUGCGCAGCGCUGCCCGGGACGCGGGCUCUCGUGGCGUGUGCCUAUCUACCCACGCAACGGUCGGUGGCGUGCUACGCUGCGAGGAUUUUGUGCCGAGGCAGGCGGCGGUGCUCCGCUGUGUGGUGGCCUGUUUAUGGGCUGUUUUACACUGGCAUCAGCGCUAGCUGAGUAACGAAUUUGUCUGCGUACCUGAUGGGUUCUAAGCUGCCUGCUCUAUCAUGCCACCAGUUGUUGUUUUGGAAAAAUUCCUUCCAAUGACAGCGUCCUUAGUGAAAUUAAUUUUACACUAGUGCUCUUUUGCCAACUCAAAAUCUGCACGAAGCUUAAA